AUGGUGAGGGGCGGGAGCAUGCGCCGGAGUUCACCUCCUCCGGGCGGGCGGGCGGGCGGGGUGGCCUCCUCCUGCGGGAGGCGGCCGGGAGCACUAGGCUUGGAUCACGGACGUCGGCAUCAUCUUCUCCGACUCAGACUAGGGCACCACUGCUCCCGUCUCCAAUCCCUUGCCAUUAGAGCACGGACGCCACUGCUCCCGCCUCCAGUCUUGACAGGUGACAGCCGACGCCCUCAUCUCCUCCAGCACUGGUUGUCCCUGUUUCCAGUGCCGAUCCUGGCCUCGUGGUUUGCUUGGUGUGUGGACAGGGCCAAAGGACAAGAUGCUUCAAUCCGGCGAGGACAGAGCCAAAUGACCAAAGUUUGUUCAUCUGUUGCCAAGUUUGGUACCAUCCCGUGGGGAGGGCCAGGGACAAGCUGCUCCGAUCCGGCGAGGAUUCCCACCAUCUAUUGUUAAGGUGAUCUCUCUCUC